UAUAACUGGAAAGCUUGAUUUUAAUUAUAAUGCAAAAGUUAUUAAAAAAUAUUUGAAUUACUUGACGCCUGAGAUGGCGAAUAUUAUGAUUUUCUCCAAGGAUUUUAAUGAUUUCGAAUUAAAGAAAAUUGAACCAUGGUGGCAAACGGCAUAUACGGAUAUUGAGAUACCGAAAGUGUGGAUCAAACGUUGGAAAGUCAUCGAGCCAUUACCAGAAUUUUUUUUACCAUCACCGAAUAUAUUCCUUACCAAGAACCUUUGUCUAAUGCAGAUACCAAAUGAACAAAUUGAGAAAUAUCCUAUAAAAUUAUACUGUAAUUCUGUGUCGGAGAUUUGGUAUCACCGGGUUCCUAAGAUUCGUUUGCCGAAAUGUUGUAUGCAUUUCAAUUUUAUUUCCCCUCUAAAUUAUCAGUCGUUGAAGAAUGAUGUUCUCAUACGCAUGUACUGCGAACUAUUGAAACAGCUAUUAACCGAAAAAUUAUAUCCAGCUGAACUAAUUGGAUUUAAAUAUGAAAUCAAAUUCCUUCAGAAUGAAUUUACAUUAAAAAUAAGCGGUCUUACUGAAACACUGCCAGUUGUUGCGGAUACUUUUGCACAAGGCAUGGUGAAUUGCACAAGCUUUAUUACGAAGGACAUAUUUGAAAAUAUCAAAAUUCAACAAAUUCAGAGAUUUUACCAGGACGUUAGUGAACCUAAGAUUUUGAUCAACGACAUGGCAUUAUCGAUACUAAAACUCAACCAUCAUUCACAAAUUGAUAUGUACAAUACUGUACAGAAUAUCACUUUGAAAGACUUUCAAGACUUCGUGAAAUCCUUUACCGAACAUCUAUACAUUCAAUGCCUCGUGCAAGGAAACAUGACGCCGUCUGCUGCAAUCAACACAGUACAGCAAUUUAUUAAAACAAUUAAUUGUAGCCCUUUACACCCAAAUUCGAUACAACAGUUUAGAAGCAUUCAGAUACCAUUGGGCAUAAGCUAUUACAAGAUUAAAAAUAUCGACAAAUUAGAUGAAACUUCCGUGAUAAAAAAUUAUUAUCAAGCCGGUGUCAACACGAUUGAAUUAUCGACAUUAAUCCAUCUGAUAAGCUACAUAAUGAACGAUAAAUUGAACGAAGCAUUGGUCCUCGCAGAUAAAUUUGAACAUGCCACAGUCAACGUUGUAAACUAUUACGGAAUUUUAGGAUAUUCCAUUACUGUUUGCACUCAAGCACAUAAAUAUAGAACCGUGUACGUUGAUAAAAUAAUCGAUGAAUUUUUGAGAUUGUUUAAAAACAAUUUUGAAAAGUUCACAGAAGAGGAAUUGGAUGCUUACAAAGAAAUGUUCCUAAAAUCUAGAUCACAUGACGAUGUCAAUAUUGAAGAGGAAGAAAAUUGGUAUCAGAUCCUACAUCAUACUUACAUAUUUGACUUUCAUGAACAGCAAAUACUUGCUCUAAAGGAUAUAAAUGUUAAAAAGCUGAACGAAUGGCUUGCAGACCACACAUCGAACGGAAGUAAUUUCAGAAAAUUGAGUUUGCAUAUUGUGGGAACUAUUCCCAAAAAAGCGAAAUACGUUAAUUUAGAAUAUAUAAACGACGAUCAUCAGCAGUACAAGCUAAAUGAAUAUCAUUAUAUUACUAAUGUAGAAGAUUAUAAGAAAAAACUUUUCAUAUUUCCAACUGAGCGUUCCAACAAAUCCCUUCAGAGCACAGAAUAA